CGGAGGCCGGCCCACGGGAUUCGGAGUAAGACUGGGCCUCGCGGAGCCCCGCGCUGUGCCUCGGACCCGAUGCUGGCGGAGGCGCGGUGUUGGGCAGAGGCGGAGCUUGCCCGGGGAAGAGCCUCUGGGGAGCCAGCGUUCUCGGAACGCCCGGGCCUGGGCGGGGCUUCCGGGGAGCGAGGCGGGGAAGGGCUGCGCGUUCGCGCAAGGCCCGGGGAGGCCAGGGGCGGGGUCCCCGGGAGCCCAGACCCCGAGCGGCAGGGACCCGUUGAGAUCCAGAGCUUGCGGGCCUGGAGGCGUAGGAGUCGGGGGAGGGGCAGGGCGGGCCGAGGCCUGGAAGGGCCGGGGCGGGGCUUGGGGUGGCCCAGCAGCCGCCUCCUCUUCUCCCCGCCGUACUGGCGCUGGCGCUGGCGGUGGCAGUGGCGGCGCAGGAACCCGGCGCGCACCGGCCCCGCUCCCGCCCCAGCCGAAGCCAAAGCUGCAGCCGGCGCCGGGCCGGGGCCAUGGGAGCCCCGCGCUGCCCGGGUCAUGAGGACAGAGGCGGAGGCAGAGGGGCCACCACUGGAGCCCGCAGGGGACUUUGUGCAGCUGCCUGUGCCCAUCAUCCAGCAGCUCUACCACUGGGACUGCGGCCUGGCCUGCUCCAGGAUGGUGCUGCGGUACCUGGGCCAGCUGGACGACAGUGAGUUUGAGAGUGCCCUGCGGGAGCUGCGGCUAACCAAGAGCAUCUGGACCAUUGACCUGGCCUACCUGAUGCGCCACUUUGGCGUGAGGCACCGCUUCUGCACCCAGACCCUGGGCGUCGACAAGGGCUACAAGAACCAGUCCUUCUACAGGAAGCACUUUGACACCGAGGAGACCCGGGUGAACCAGCUGUUUGCACAAGCCAAAGCCUGCAAGGUGCUGGUGGAGAAAUGCACAGUCAGCGUGCAGGACAUCCAAGCGCACCUGGCACAGGGCCACGUGGCCAUCGUGCUGGUGAACUCGGGGGUGUUGCACUGUGACCUCUGCUCCAGCCCCGUCAAGUACUGCUGCUUCGCUCCCAGCGGCCACCGCUGCUUCUGCCGCACCCCCGACUACCAGGGCCACUUCAUCGUGCUGCGUGGCUACAACCGGGCCACCGGCUGCAUCUUCUACAACAACCCAGCCUACGCCGACACAAAGCAGCCACCAACCUGGGGCAGUGCCAGCCUCUUCCACACCCCCACCAUCGCCGGGCCAGGACAUCUCUCCCCCAAGGCGCCAGCCCCAUGCCACUGCCCAGGGCCCCACCCGUCUCCCCCAGGCCCGCCUUCUGAGGACAGAAAGGAGAGUCUUCCCAGCCCUGUCCCUGCUCCAGACCCACCCAGGGCUCCCCACAGCCCAUGGGGACAGGGAAGGACCCCCCAUGACUCACACAGACUUACCCUGGGCAGCCUCAUGUGUUUCUUCCCCUCUCUGGGCCUCACUUUCUCCGUCUGCUGAGCUGGGGAAGGGUCAGAGGACAGGCUCACAAAGUCCACCACAGGCAGGGAGGGCUUCCUGAACGGUGAGGGGUGGCUCACCAGGUGCCAGAGAACCCGGUGCUCCCCUGAGCCCGCUCCACCCCUCCUGGCCCAGCAGGAAUGUGCAGCACUAGCCUCAGUAACUUCGAGGAGGCCAGAACCAGCUACGGCACGGACGAAGACAUCCUCUUUGUCUACUUGGACAGCUGACGGUGGGAACCCUCUGUGCCUGCCCCGCCGGGCUCACUCAGGAGGCCCUGGCCCUGGCCUGGGCUCCUGGGCUCUGGUGUGGAGCUGCCGCCUCUGCCAGGAGCUCCAGGAGGCUGAGGCCUGCCUGCUUAAUCCACCAGCGCUGAUUUCAUCCUGCCCCUUCCCUCGCACAACUGUAGUGGCUAGAGGGACCCCAGAGCAUCUGCGUAGAGGUACCCCAGAGCAUCUGCGUGGAGCUCCCCCAGGACCCCAAGCCCAACUCCAGCUGUGCCCAGGAGAUGCCCACCCUUACGGGCGCCCAUGUGGCCUGCCCGCCAGACCCAGGGCAGGGGGAGGAGUCUGAGCCCGUCUCCCCGCAGGCCUGGUGGUUGAGCCCUGGAGACAGAUGUUGUCAGGGUGGCGUGUUUGUUUGGAUACUGUAGCUGACCUCAGCCCCAGGGGCUGCAGACUCUCUGGGCCUCCUCUGGGACAGAAGUGCUGCGGACCCCGUGCCCUGUGGUGGUUGCCAGGCCUCUGGCCCCUGGGGAGGGCUGGACCUCAGGCAGAAAGUACUCUGAGGGCCCUGUGGCCUUCCGGGUACUCCGGCUCGAGAGGGUUGGGGCUUGGGAAGUGGGUGGGACCCUGGCUCCUGCUGGCGGGCAGUGCUCAAGAACAACUGAGCCCGAGGGCCAGGAAUGGCUGCCUGGGCCUAGCGAUCCCCCGGCCCCAGGAUCUCCUGACAGCAGCCUGGGGUCUGCCUCUGAGAGUGGGGAGCGCAAGGGUUGGGCUCGGGGGCUUUGGGCCGGAGGCAGUGGCCGGGGGCAGCCUUGGCCUCCCACCCACCCUGGUGUUCACACCAGGGCCUUGGCACAGUGUUGGGUCUCAUGUCUUGAUAGAGAAGGGUGGUGGCCACCCGGGAUCUCACAGCACAGCACAUGGCGUGGACAGAGCUGUGUCCUUUCUCUUUCUUCUUUUGGGGUUGGGGGGAGUGGUGUUUUUGAGAUUUAAGUUUUCACUUCAUGGGAGUGAGACUCAUCCUCAAGUAAGACAGUAGCAGUGAGAUCACAGGUACUUUGGAACCACCGACUCCUCUCUUCACAGCCCACGCUCUUUCUAAGAGAAGGGCACUCACGGCUGGUGGGCUGCGUGCUGGGGCCCCUCUCCACAUGGACACAAACCCAGCCCAGGACCAUGGUGGAGCUGGGUCUCGAACUCAGGUCUGCACCUGAAAAAUAAGGGAAAUGGAUUAUUCCCAAAGGGGCUGGGGACCCCCACCCCUCAAGGGUUGUCUCAGGCCAGAGGGGCCAGGGGAGCCCCAACAGCCGCAACACCCUGGCCCCUCCGUGUCUUGGUCUUCCAGUGCCCAAGGCGCGGCGGUGGCAGCUGCUGCCCCUCCCCCUCCCCCAGGCUGCAAACCACGCUCAGCAUCUGCCCCGCGUGCUCCGCCCCCAGGUUGUGGCGGCUCUGAGGGGCAGGGGUGGGCUCCGCUGCUGAGGGCUGUCAGACCGCCCAGCCGUAUUGCUCCUCAACACCCGGCAGCCUCGGCUGUUGGGGAGGGGCUGUUGGCUGGGCAGCCACCCUGGGCUUCAGAGACUAGCGAUGCCUUCAAGCUGGUCUCAUCACCAUGGCCUUAAUGCUGGGUGGCCCACGAUCCCAGGGAGCUCUGGUUCCCAUGCCCAGGGGUACCGUGCGUGAAAGCUGUGGGGCGUGGGUGUCCUUAAGAGGGGUCGGGGUAAAACUGGCGAGAAUGGAUGUGUCAAGGGAAACAAUGAGAGGAAGCGAAGCUUUGGGGCUGGCUGCACAGGAGGGGGCCCUGACAUGGAGGGCAGCCUCCACCCAUCUUGUAGAGAAAUUCAGUCCCUGGGCUGGGAGGAGGGCUUCCCGGGGCAAGCCACGGGUUAGAGGUCACCCUCCCGGAAGUUCAUGAGAGCUUCCUGUCCCUGCGAUGGUGCCGUCUGCCUGGGGAGCAACACGGAGGCAGGAUGCGAGCCUCGUUGGGUCACGUUCCUGCAGAAAUCAUGAAAAUGGGGCUGGAGACAGAGCCUGGACAACAGGCACCCUGCCUGCAGCCACCUCGACCCCUGUCCGCACUCAGGGGGCUGAGUGCAGCCCCAGGCCACGCUGUUCACUCCAGCCACACGGGGAUAAAAGGGAUCUUUUGCAUUGCAGAGAUUUUAUACAUAAAUAUAUUUUGUUUGUAAUGAGCCAUUCUCAAUAAACAUCCUCACUGCAAAACGAUGGCA